AUGGCUGUGGAAGAACUUCAAUCCAUAAUAAGGAGAUGUCAAAUCCUAGGAGAGCAAAACUUUAAAGAUGAUGAUUUUGGCCUAUUUCAGUUAGCUGGCCAAAGAUGCAUAGAGGAAGGGUAUACAGAGCAACUAUUAGAAAUUAUGCAAAAUGAAGAGAAUAAGGUUGUCGUCAAGCAUAUGGGCUGGAAUCUGGUUGGUCCUGUUGUUCGCUGUCUUUUAAGGAAUGAUAAAAAAGAUGAUGAGAGAAAAGUUUAUUUGUUGAUGCUUGAUUUAUUAGUGAAGUUAUGUAAUCCAAAAGAAUUAUUGUUGGGUUUGCUUGAACUGAUUGAAGAACCCUCUGGAAAACAGAUAUCCCAAAUUAUCCUUCUUUUACUUCAGCCAUUACAAACAGUGAUUCAGAAACUUCAUAACGACAAGGCAUGUUCGGUUGGACUAGCACUGUCCACCCUCUGGAGGCAGCUGCGUCUUCUUCCCGUUCCAUAUUUAAAGGAACAUGCACAAACAGAUGACUAUGGGCUUUGUCAGGGUUGCACGGCCUUAAUAGAGUUCACAAAGCCUUUUGUGGAAGAAGUCGUCCAUGACAAAGAAAACUCACCAGAGAACGAAAAGUUAAAGGAUGAAUUACUGAAAUUCUGUUUCGAAAGUUUGAAAUGCCCUUUGCUGAAAGCACAAUUCCUUGAACAAUCUGAAGCUGGAAAUGAUCCUUUCAGAUGUUUUGCAUCUGAAAUAAUAUGCUUUUUAUCAGCAAUUGGACAUCCUUUCUCCAAAAUGAUUUUUAAUCGUGGAAGGAAAAAGAGGACUUGGGAUUAACUUGAAUUUGAGGAAGAAGAAGACAAGCAAUUAGCAAACUCUAUGGCUUCUCUGGCAUAUCUAGUAUUUGUACAGGGCAUCAGUAGCGACCAGCUUCCAAUGGUCUUAACCCCGUUGUACCUUUUGCAGUUUAAUAUGGGGCAUAUUGAAGUCUUCCUGCAGAGAACAGAAGAGUCUGUUUUCUCCAAAGGAUUGGAUCUACUAGAGAACUGUUUAUUGAGAAUAGAAGACAACAGUCUACUUUACCACUACUUAGAAAUCAAGAGUUUUCUUGCUGUACCUCAGGGUUUAGUUAAAGUAAUGACAGUUUGCCCCAUUGAGACAUUGAGGAAAAAGAGUUUAGCUAUGCUGCAGCUAUACAUUAACAAGUUGGAUUCACAAGGCAAAUAUACAUUAUUUAGGUGCUUAUUGAAUACAAGUAAUCACUCAGGUGUCGAGGCCUUUAUUAUUCAAAAUAUCAAAAAUCAAAUUGACAUAUCAUUAAAGAGAACAUGUAACAACAAAUGGUUUACAGGACCACAGCUGAUUUCCCUUCUAGAUAUGGUACUCUUUCUCCCACAGGGUGCUGAAACAGAUUUAUUGCAAAACUCAGAUAGGAUUAUGGCUUCAUUAAAUUUAUUGAGGUACUUGGUUAUCAGAGAUAAUGAAAAUGACAAUCAAACCGGAUUAUGGACAGAACUCGGGAAGAUUGAGAAUAAUUUCCUAAAGCCUCUCCAUACAGGACUUAAUAUGUCAAAAGCACAUUAUGAAGCAGAAAUUAAAAACAGCCAAGAAAAGAGCCAAGAAGUCCAGAAGUCUAAAGAUCUUUGUUCUAUAACCAUAGGUGGAGAGGAUCUCCCUAAGAUGCCUCCUGAAAUGCAACUUAAGGUCCUAUAUUCAGCUCUUUUCACAUUUGAUUUGAUCGAAAGCGUUCUGGCACGAGUAGAAGAACUCAUUGAAGUAAAAACAAAGGCUACCUCUGAAGAAAACAUUGGGAUAAAGUGAAAGUUUUGCUUCCUAAGUAAAAACUAAUAAAAU